CGUUUCGGGGAGUGUGGAGCUAUAAAGACGAACCUCCAGCUUUCAGAUCACACCAGAAGAAGAGGACUGGAUCUCCAGAUGGCUUCUCUCACAGUGAGCACGCAUCAGAACCGCUCGAUGCCCAGACAGUGUGCCUUCACCAUCGACAGCAUCCUGGGACUCGACAGACCGGACCCCAGAACCGUCCUGUCAGCACCUUACCGACCCUGGACAGACGUGAAACCAGCGGGACAGAACCGUGGCGUGGUGGCAGACAGUGGUGCUUCAGUGGAUGUGAGGGUGAAUGAAGACAGUAAAUCUUACAGUAAACCCCCAGCAGACUCUUACAGGAGAACACUGAACUGGUACAUCGGCCGCAGACCGCGGACAGCUUUCUCUAGUGUUCAGAUCAAGAUAUUGGAGAGUGUGUUUCAAGUGAACUCAUACCCAGGCAUUGAUAUACGUGAAGAACUUGCUAAGAAACUGCAUCUAGAUGAAGACAGGAUUCAGGUUAAGACUGAGAAGAGGAGAGAGGAGCUGAAGCGUUCACACAGAGAAUCUCAGUUUCUCAUGGUGAAGAACGUCCUCAGUGAUUUACAGUCCAGCAGAGAAGAACGCUGAUCAUCACAGAUCCACAUUCGAUCAUAUUAUUAUUAUUUCUGUCGCUCUGCCUCACUCUGUGAUGUUGUAAUUUAUUAUAUAUGUCUUUACCGGUUAUGCAAUUAUUAAAAUUUCACUAUGAUUUAAAUGCUAAAGAUUCUUAUUGUUAUUUCUUAUUGUGUUUGCUGGAAAUCUAAAAGAAGUCAAUAUAAACACAAUUUUUCUCUAGGUUUUAACUUCUGAGACUGAGUUUCUCUACUUCCAGAGCUAAGUUAACAUUAUCUUCUGCCAGCUGUUAAGCAAACACAUCGCCCUCCACCCCCAAACUAAU